AUGAACAUGAACGGUUUUGAUUCUCAACAAAGGCAAGAAUCCUUGAAAAGAAGAUGGCAAGAGAUUAGAAGAUCAGUCCCAAACAUGAGCCUGUACGGUAGACCAACUUCUUCUUUACCCAACUUCAUGGCUAAGCCUAUAACCUUCCCUGGCUUUGAAGAUGAUGAUCUUGUUUCUACCAUGAUCCCUCCGGUGACAGUUGUCCUGGAGGGGCGUUCGAUCUGCCAGAGAAUUAGCCUUCAUAAGCAUGCAAGCUAUCAUAGCCUUGCUAAGGCUCUAAGGCAGAUGUUUGUUGACGGAGGAAGCGAUUCAGGAGUGACCACACCAUCAGCAUCAGAGAGUGUUGGUGAUCAUGAUCUUGAUCUCACAAAUGCUGUUCCUGGUCACCUCAUUGCCUAUGAAGACAUUGAAAAUGAUCUCCUUCUUGCCGGUGACCUUAACUGGAAAGAUUUUGUACGGGUGGCCAAGAGGAUUAGGAUCCUGCCAGCGAAGGGGAAUUCAAUGAAGGGAACAGGAGGGGCGGCCUAG